UAUCUCAAAAUCAGGAUAAUGCAUCCACUAAGACAGCAAUACCGCGUGUCGGAGGGCCUGGCGCGGCCAGGCGAGGUUCGGAGCGCCAUGCCAAGUCAACUUCACCAGCGCCGCGUCCAUCUUGGGCCGUGUGCAGCGGCUCACCCCGGUGCCGGCUCGAACUUUGCGCUGGAGACCAUGAGUGAGGACGGCCAGGGCUGGGUGUGGGACGAGCUGGGCCAGAAGCUGGUGGGGCUCAAGCACAGCACGCCCCGCGCCACUUGCAAGACCACGUCGCUGCUGUCCUACCGCGGCGACCUCAGUAGCGGCGAGAAGGCCUUGCGCGUGGAGCGCCUCAACCUGGACCUGGGCUGGGAGGCCACUGCCCGCGGCGCCGAGGAUCGCACCUUCACCGGACUGGCCAAGGUCAAGUUCGGCGGCAGUGAGGACGGCCAGGAUACGGUGGAUGUGCAGGUUGCGGUGGACCCGCACUGCCUCAGCGCGCUGCCGGAGGAGCGCGAGAAGCUGGUCAAAGAUGUAGUGUACGCGGUGGAGUCUCUGGACACAGCCAUUAUGGAGCAGCUAAAUGACUUCCUAUGGUCCAUGGAGCGGCACAAUGUGCUCAACGGAAGCAGCGACGUCUCCUUCAGCAGCAACGCCGAGGCGGAGGCGGCCUCAGCAGCGGUAGCAGCCGCGGCAGCGGCAGAGAUCAGCCCUGGCAGCAACGGGAACCUCGGCUCGGGGGUCAAGGCCGGCCGCCGGCAGUAGCUGGCGGGACUGCUGGCCUGAUGGCUGUAGCUGCUGCUGAUGGCGGGUGGCAAUGCGCCAAUACCGUGCCACCAGGCGGAUGAGCGGAUCCACAGGGAUGCUCGUGCACUCAUGCUGCACUAGUGCAGGGGGCAACUUGUGGCGGCUUAGUGGCUGUCCAUUGAGGCACGCGAUGGACCCAUUGGGGCAUGGCGGUAGUUGCAAUGUGCGUUCAAGCCGGUUGAGAGGCGUUUGGAGCGGGCGAGAGAGACGGCACGCAGCGCUUUAGAGUGCUGCGGGCUUUAGGCUUCGAUGUCAUCAUGUCCAGAUCCAUUACUGCUGGCCGGCGCAUGAAGCACACCGAGGAGGGACUCAGCGGUGAAGGGCGUGUGCAGUCGGAUGGUACGGUGCCGGGACCAGGCCGAACCGCGCGCUACCUACCCUGGCACAUACCAGCGCACAUGUUUGUUUUGUUGAAGUUGCGUGCGCCUGUGCUGUUCGACCGCCUGGACACUUGCUUCGGUGUGUGGGAACGCGGCGUUGGCGAGAGCCACGAAUGGCCCUCAUACCGUGAGGGCAUGUCGCAACCGUGGAGGGCACUGUAAUGAGUACUUUACUAAAUAACGCUGCCGCAUUGUUAUUGCAUACUGCAGCUUCUGAGGGCGAUUCAUGCGGGUUGGCUCGAACGCGGGGCGGUAAACGGUUGGGCCGGGCGCGAGUGCAAUAGUGCAUGCAAGGCCCCAGAGCACCCAAUACGUGUUUUUUCGGCACGCGCUGGUGGAGAUGCUGCUGGGGCACAAGCGACCUGCAUCGCUGCAGACUGGCGGCGGCGGCGGCGGCGGCAGCGGCGGCGGCGGCGGCAGCAGCGGGGGUGCGUGCGCACAUCUUGGAAGCGGAGGGGGCGGGAAAGGCCACGUGGAGGAGGAGAGCGCAGCGCCGCCCAAGAAGCGGCGCAAGCGCGCAGGCUGAGGAGCCGGCUGGUGUCUAGGUAGCGGUCCGCGGUGGGGCUGGCAGGGCAUGCGUAGCGGCAUGACAAGUAGUGCGGCUGUGGAGAACUGUGCUGCGUCUGGCUGCGGUUGGCUCUGCUGUGGCAUCGCGAUUGCUAGGCACCUGGUUUGGCUAUGUGCCUGUGGAAACCGACCCCGGCUAUGUCCGGGCGAUGAGGAUAGCUGGGCGAUGUUCCAUGCUCUGUGCAUGGAAUGCAAGCGCACUGUAUGCUUCACUGAUUCUGCUUGAGUGCGCCCAUACUCAGAAACAUUUAAGGUAUCCCCGUUAGCGCGGCACUGCUCACUAAUGGACGUUUACAGGGCAGCCCCGGUGAGACGCGGCCGUCAUUUACAGUGGUAGGGUGGACUGGACUGGAGUGGUGGUAGCGGCCUGGACACGGCCAGAACACCGAAUUCUUGAAACUUAGGCAAGCCCACCCUUACAGGCGACCUCCUCUACUCGGGA